UAUAUGAAUUUAAAGAAGAGUUUACUGAGAAAUAGCAAUAAAAACAUAAGUAAAGGAUCUUAAACAGGUUUUUGUGCAAAGAAAUAUUCCACGAAUCCAUUGAAACACAAAACCUCGACGCGAUCGAAUGUUCCAUCUCUUUCUUGCAUCGUGUGUCAUAUUUGAUAUUGGUCUCAUUGUCAACACUUGAUUUCUCAUUAUCACUGCGUAGUUUUUAAUAAAAGUGUUCGCGUUAAUGUGCAAAUAGUUGUAUUGUUGUAAUUUGAAGUAGCCUUCUGCGCCAGUGUGUGUAAAGGCUUGGUAAAGGCGCUUCUGAAAAGAUUUGAACUAAGUUCACGCGGUUAAUAUUAAUUUUAAUAAUUUGUUUUUCCCGUCUCGUCAAAGAAUCUGUGAUAUAAAAUGAAGGCAAUUAUUUUCGUCUUGACUGCAUUAGCCGCUUGUUCAGCAGUAUUCUGCACACAAUGCAACGUGAACCCGGUAAACAUCCCCAAGCAAUGGAUCACCAUGUCCCGCGGCUGCAGGGAGAGUGUUCGCAAGCAGGUGCAGACUGAGAUAGCUGCUUCCGUGCAGUAUCUGGCCAUGGGGGCACACUUCUCUAGAGACGCCAUAAACCGGCCAGGCUUCGCGAACCUGUUCUUCGAAGCCAGCAAGGAGGAACGCCAGCACGCCAUGAAGCUGAUCGAAUACCUGCUGAUGAGGGGAGAGCUGACCACCAACGUAUCCUCACUCAUCACAAUCAGGCCACCAGGACGCACGAGCUGGACUAGCGGGCAGGAGGCUCUCGAAGAUGCGCUGAAACUAGAGGCGUCCGUGACUCGCGACAUCAGAACCGUCAUCGUGAACUGCGAGAACGACCGCAACACGGAAAUCGGCAAGGACAGCAACGACUAUCAUCUUGUUGACUACUUGACUGGUGAAUUCCUUGAAGAGCAAUACAAGGGUCAACGCGACCUGGCAGGCAAGGCUACCACCCUCAAGAAAAUGAUGGACCGUCACUCCGCCCUCGGAGAGUUCAUCUUCGACAAGAAACUCCUUGGCAUCGACAUAUAAAUACAUGAUGUUGCCAGUUCCUUAAUAUUUCCUAGAUUUAGUAAUACUCAACUUAGAAGUCACGAUGUCAGAUGACUGACGGAACAAAAUUUCAAAUUACCAGUUUUUCGCCUAAUGUGAACCAUAAAUAAUAGAAUUUUCCAUAAACAUAGUAUUUUCAGCCAUUUUUUUAACUGAAGUCUGGUUCUUUUGCAUAUAAGGAUAUUAUAAUAAUUCAUAUAUUUUCAUAGUAUUUGCCUAAUAUCUAUUUUUUGGUUUAUUUGUAUAUAGAGUAGAGGUUUGAGUACAAAUUUAAUCUCCACUAUAUAAGAUUUUCUUUGUAAUUAAAGUAGUAAUUAUAUCCAAUAUAGCAUUUUCGUGUUGCCAUCUUAUAUGUCAAUUAAGUAAAAAUGAAUAAAUUAUAAUCCUGAAA